ACCGACAAUGACCACGGCAGCGGCGGUGGCGGCGGCUCCGCCGGUGACGAGCUUGUCUGAAGCUGAGCGAUUGCGAAUCGAAGCGUUUACGACCUGGCUCGAGUCUCGAGGUGGCAAAUUUCAUCGAGACCUUUACUUUGCCAACGAUGAAACAACGGGCCUCUCGCUCUUCUCUCGACACAACCACGAAGGGCAAGGUGACGAUGUCGUGGCCGUCGAAGUGCCUGUUGACAUAGUGAUCACACCAUGGGAAGCUAGGGAGACCAUUCGACGGUGCUUCUCGAAGGGAACAGAUGAAGGCGACAAUGGCUCUGGCGGCGACGAAUUGCAGCUUCAGGCGAAGGAGUGGGUCGCGCUAUAUGUCUUUUUGGUCCGGUUAGCGCUCGAAAGCAGGAAAGGCCAGAGUCGAGAAGGAGUGUCGUUACAGAAGGCGAGGGAGAGCGUGGUGAAAAGUCCGACGACGCUUGACGCUCUCCUCGACCGAGCUCCCUACAUCGACGUCUUGCCUCUUGACGUCCCGACGCCGCUCCAUUUCAGCAAAGAUGAACUGCAGCUCCUCGUGGGCACGCCUUUAUACUACCAUGCGCUUGAAUGUCGACGAGACACUCGGAGAGCCUGCAGCAAAGCAGUUCGAUGGUUGUUGGCCCGAUUGAAUAGCGACGAGCCGGGUACAGACAGAGCACAGCUGAGAGCGGUGCUCGAGCCUCUCGUCGCGGCCAUUGACGAAGACGAGAGCUCUCUAUUUAGCCACGAGAGAGAAGCCCAGUCGUGGGAUCUGGACGAAGAGGCAUACAAACCGCUCAGAGUCUUUCGUUGGGCCACCACCAUUGUCGAUUCGCGUGCGUUCCCUCCUCGUUUGGUGGGCCAGCCUCGAGAGCAAAGCUUGACGGGACCGAUCCUGAUCCCAGGUCUUGACGCCUUCAAUCAUGCACGCCAAGCCUCCGUCACCUGGACCUACCACGAGCCGUCUGCUGUCGAGAAAGGCGCCAGCGAAAAGGCGAAGGUGACGCUCACAAUUCAUAACGGUCUUUCUAAAGGCCAGCAGGUGUUCAACUCUUAUGGCCCGAAGCCCAAUGAAGACUUCCUUGCCUCGUACGCCUUUGUCGAUCCGGCCAUGCAAGACGACGUUGUCAGCCUCGUCCUCGGCGGUAGUGGAGCACCAGCUCCCACAAGCAUCACCCAAACGUCGUCCGCCCCGGUCAACAGCCCACAGCAGUCCUCCACCUCUCGCUCGAUCCGGCCGGGCGUUGUCGAAGCCUCGGACGGGCAGGCAGCAUCGUCGUGCAUUGUCCUGCCAAAUGGCAAGAAGCAGCACUUCUGGAAGAUCACCGAUACGACCUGCCCGCCGUCACUCUUGGCCGAAGUCAUCGAAUUGCUUCCUCCUAUGGAGCAGGCUAGCGACGGUGAUGGACAGAUGGAAGACGAACUGCAGACGAGGGGAGAGGCGCUCGAAGUCAUCUUGGAGCUGCUCGAGGCCAAGAAUGCGGCCUUCUUAAACUCGCAGACCAGGAUUGACAAGAUUGCCUCGAUCCCAACGCUAAGACGGGCUGUCGUGGACAAUGUCAUGGUGUAUCGGAAAGGUCAAGGCAUAAUUUUGGAAAAGUCAAUCAGGACAGUGGAACGAGAAAUGAACCAGGUCGAAGAGGAGUUCAACAACAUCAUGUAACACUAGUCAUCCUAGAGCAUUGAGC